AUGAUGUUAUCUGAAGGAAAUCAAAGUAUCAUACCCACUUUUGUUCUCCUGGGUUUUUCAGAAUAUCCAGAGCUCCAGGUUCCACUGUUCCUGGCUUUCUUGUCUGUCUACACAGUCACUGUGGUGGGGAAUUUGGGCAUGAUAGUCAUCAUCAAGAUCAAUCCAAAUCUUCACACGAUUAUGUACUUUUUCCUUAGUCACUUGUCCUUUGUAGAUUUCUGUUAUUCCUCCACAGUUACACCAAAACUGCUAGAGAACUUGCUUGUAGAAGAUAGAACCAUCUCUUUCUCUGGCAGCAUUAUGCAAUUUUGUUUUGCUUGUCUCUUUGGAGUCACAGAGACUUUUAUGUUAGUAGCAAUGGUCUAUGACCGUUUUGUGGCAGUUUGUAACCCGCUACUCUACGCCACUGCUAUGUCCCAGAAGCUCUGUGCUCUGCUGGUGGCUGGUUCUUACUCAUGGGGUAUAAUGUGUUCCCUGACGCUCACAUAUUUUCUUCUUGCAUUAUCUUAUUGCGAGUCUAACAUCAUAAAUAAUUUCAUCUGUGACCACUCUGUAAUCGUUUCUGUCUCCUGCUCUAACCCCUAUAUAAGCCAGAUGAUGUGUUUUAUUAUUGCCAUAUUCAAUGAGGUGAGCAGCCUGAUAAUUAUUUUGACAUCCUAUGUACUCAUUUUUAUCACUGUUAUGAGGAUGCCUUCUGCAAGUGGGCGCUGGAAAACUUUCUCCACCUGUGCCUCCCACCUGACAGGCAUCACCAUCUUCCAUGGAACCAUUCUUUUCCUUUACUGUAUCCGUAAUCCUAAAACUUCUUGGCUCAUAGUUAAAGUGGCUACUGUGUUUUACACUGUGGUAAUCCUCAUGCUGAACCCCUUGAUGUACAGCCUUAGGAACAAAGAUGUGAAAGACACAUGCAGAAAAUUAGUUGUCUCAAAAUUGCUUUGUUGCUCAAGAUGA